AUGGACAAGUUCAGUCAGUAUAUCCCCAAAAACACGACCGGAUUUCUCAACCAGCCAUACCCUCCAACUUCGGUUGUGAUCAGGCGGCCUGACUUGAUUCAAGGCGUUCCUGACGGCAUCUUAAGUCUCUGUGUUCCGAUCGUAUUGUACUGGAGCUAUUCAACUUUCUUUCAUAUUGUGGACACUUACGAGUUGGCAGAGAAAUACCGAAUUCAUCCGUCUGAAGAAGUUCUUCAACGUAACAAAGUCACGCUAAGGGUGGUAAUCCAAGACGUCAUUGUACAACACAUUAUUCAAACGUUAGUCGGUUUAGUUUUUUACAAGUUGGACCCUGUCCCCACUACGGGAUACGAACAAAGAGAAAUGUGGUACUUGAAACAGAGACUGCCGCCUUUUUUCAAAUGGAAUGACACGAUAGCAAACCUUUUUGUAUAUUAUGGUUAUUGGUAUGGUUUAUCUGCUACAAAAAUUAUCAUUGCUUUCGUUAUCAUCGAUACAUGGCAAUUUUUUUUGCAUCGUUUAAUGCAUGUGAAUAAAACUUUAUACCGAAAGUUUCAUUCUCGUCAUCACAAGCUGUAUGUCCCGUACGCUUUUGGAGCCCUUUUCAAUGACCCAUUUGAAGGAUUUCUCUUGGACACUGUUGGGGCAGGCCUAGCUGCCAUAUUCACAGGACUAACUCCCAGGGAGUCCAUGGUUCUAUAUGGUUUUUCUACUCUUAAAACUGUGGAUGACCACUGUGGAUACUCUUUGCCUUUUGACAUUUUCCAAAUCAUAUUCCCUAAUGACUCCAUUUAUCACGAUAUCCAUCACCAACAUUUUGGAAUCAAAUCUAAUUUUUCUCAACCAUUUUUCACCUUUUGGGACAAGUUUUUUGGUACAACAUUCCAUGGGGUCGACCAAUAUAAGCAGUCUCAACAGAAGAUCACUCUGGAAAGGUACAAAGAGUUCUUGGCCUCUAGACAGAAAUCACGCAUUCAAAAACAACAACAGCAACACUCCAAGGUUGAACGCUACAGCGACAGUGAAGAUGAACCGGAUCACCAAAAGAAAGAACAGUAA